AAUACAUACUUACCAAGUGCAAACUGAAAACGAAGAAGCAUGGGGUUACAUGAAAAAACAAAGACUUUCUUCAACAACAGAUGGCUGGUUUUUGUAGCUUCAAUGUGGGUUCAAUCUUGCUCGGGACUUGGGUACUUGUUCGGCAGCAUAUCGCCGGUGAUAAAGAAAUCCAUGGGUUACAAUCAGCGGCAGAUUGCCAUGUUGGGUGUGGCUAAAGAUAUCGGUGAUGCAAUCGGAUUCAUUCCUGGUAGUUUAUGCGAAAUUGCUCCCAUUUGGGUGGUUCUUUUCAUUGGAGCUGUUCAAAACUUCGUCGGAUAUGGUCUGGUUUGGCUCACCACCACACACACCUUGCCGGAAUUGCCUCUGUGGGUGCUAUGUGUUUGUAUAUUCGUCGGAACAAACGGCGAAACCUACUUCAAUACCGGAGCUUUAGUCUCCGGAGUUCAGAACUUCCCUAAAAAUCGUGGUCCAGUCGUCGGAAUAUCAAAGGGUUUUGCUGGGUUAAGUGUGGGGCCCACUAUCGUUGUAUUAUCGGUAAUGUUCAUGGUUAGACCUGUCGGAGGCCAUAGACAAGGUCGAGAAUCCGAUGACACAAGCUUUGUAUUUCUUUACAGUGUUUGCCUUAUUCUCGCGGCUUAUCUCCUCGGAGUUUUGAUUUUACAAGAUCUGAUCGUUCUGAACCAGACAACCGUGACUUUGCUCACCGUUGGGCUGUUGAUCCUCGUAUUGCUUCCGAUUGCAAUUCCCGUUUAUUUGGUUUUUUUCUCAGAGAAUCUACCGGAGGAAAGGCUACUGCUUAACGAGGAUGAAAAGAAAGAUGGAAAUGAAAUGAUAAUGAGUGAGAUGGAAGAUGAGAAGACAUCGGAAGUAGACUUGCUUUCUGCUUACGAAAGGCAAAAGAGAAUCUCUCAUUUGCAGGCGAGACUGGUGCAGGCGGCGGCGGAUGGAGCUGUGAGGGUGAAGCGGCGGAAGAAGGGUCCACGACGAGGGGAGGAUUUUACGUUAAUGCAGGCGUUGGUAAAAGCUGAUUUCUUGCUCAUGUUUUUUUCGUUAGUGUUGGCUUCAGGAUCCGGUUUGACCAUAAUUGAUAACCUUGGUCAAAUGUGCCAAUCACUUGGGUAUGAAAACCCGCAUAUAUUUGUUUCCAUAAUUAGUAUUUGGAACUUUCUUGGUCGCGUUGGUGGUGGAUAUUUCUCAGAGAUAAUCGUAAGAAAGUACGCAUACCCGAGACCGAUUGCAAUGGGUGUAGUUCAAGUUGUAAUGGCUGGUUCGCUUUUCUACUACGCAAUCGGCGCACCCGGUGCUAUUUACAUUGUUUCGGUGGUGAUAGGACUCUGUUAUGGAGCCCAUUGGGCCAUUUUUCCGUCAACUGCCUCUGAAUUAUUUGGUUUGAAGAGUUUUGUGGAAUUUAUGACUAUGAAGCAAAGAAGCAAAUGA